GCGAGCGCACAUCUCGAGUUCACAACUACAAUGACAACUUCCUGAUACAUCAACUAAAAGUUAAGCCGAACUCUUUGCACUUUUGUUUGAAGGCAGCGCUAGCUCUCUGCUGAAAUCUGCUUGUGGUGCUCUGACAGAUGACGAGAUGAUUUCAUCACAACUCAGUGGAGAUUUGCUGAAGUGGACAUCUGGAUUUGGGAUACUGUGGUACCUGUUGAUUCUGUGCGAUUGCUACAAUCUGGAUGUGGAGCAUCCUUUAGUUUUUAACGGACCAAACGGAUCAUUAUUCGGAUACUCAGUUCUGCUUCACCAGCAUAAUGAGAACUCCUGGUUGUUAGUUGGAGCGCCUGUGGCCAAUUCCAGCUUUUAUCCUAACACCAAAAGUCCUGGAGCCAUCUACAACUGCAGUAUGUUGAAUAGCCAGUGUGAGCAGCUCCCUGUCGGAGGUGUGCAGCGCUGUGGAAGACACUGCUUGGCAGAGAAUGAUAACCAGUGGCUGGGUGUGAGUUUGUCCCGGCAGGCCUCAAAAGGCCAUGUUUUGGCAUGUGGACAUCGGUGGAAGAAUGUUUUCUAUUCCAGUAAAGACAAUCAGAACAAGCUGCCGCAUGGUGUUUGCUUCAGAUUCAGCCCAGAUUUGAAACACGCCAGUCAUAUUAUCCCCUGUUAUAAAGAUCAUCAAAGAAGGUUCGGUGAAGGUUACGGGUCAUGCCAAGCGGGAAUAUCAAACUCAUUCACAGAGGAUCUGAUGGUUAUGGGAGCUCCUGGUACCUCAUACUGGACUGGAUCUGUUCUGGUCUUCAACACCACAAGCAACAUAUCAGCUGCUUAUGUGGAUGAUGACAGUGAUGUUCUCUAUGGCAGUUAUUUGGGUUAUUCUGUUAGUGCUGGACACUUUCUAGAUCCUCAAAGCACUGAGAUAGUCGGCGGUGCUCCUCAGCACGAACAGACUGGUAAAGCCUACAUAUUCAGGAUUGAGGGCAACACUUUGAAAAUUGUUAACAAAACCAAGGGCAAGACGCUUGGCUCUUAUUAUGGGGCGAGUGUUUGUGCUGUCGACCUGAACGCAGACGGACUCUCCGAUCUGUUGGUUGGAGCACCAAUGUUCAGCUCAGUGCGGGAGGAGGGACGGGUGUAUGUCUACAUUAACCAGGGAGAGGCUGAAUUGAAAGAGGCUGACUUCGAGUUAGUCGGCAGUGACUCUUAUGCCGCACGAUUUGGAGAGACCAUCAUAAACCUUGGUGAUAUUGAUGAUGACGGAUAUCCAGAUGUGGCCAUCGGAGCCCCUCAGGAGGAUGAUCUGCGUGGUGCUAUAUAUAUCUACAAUGGCAGAAGAAGUGGCGUUGCACAGAGUUUCUCUCAAAGAAUAACAGGCUCUUUGUUGGGCAACAACUUCAGGAUGUUUGGUCAAUCGGUAUCUGGAGGAGUGGAUAUUGAUAGCAACAAUUACCCAGAUGUUGCAGUGGGAGCUUUCCUGUCAGACUCAGCUGUGGUGUUCAGGACUCGUCCAGUGGUGAAGGUGGACGCUGUCAUGUUGUUGCCUGAGAGCUUGAAUCGUUCAUUAGCCCAGUGUACUGAAAAUGGUCAGCCUGCUGUUUGCGUCAAAGUCAGGGUGUGCUUUAGGGUCAGAGGAAAACAAAUCCCAGGAAACAUAGAGCUGAAGUACAACCUUACAGCUGAUGUUCACCACAAAGAGGGUUUCCCUUCUCGAUUUUAUUUCAGUGGAAAUGGAACAUCUAAUGUUACAGCAGGCAGAGUGAAGGCCAAGCAUGAGCAGCUCACCUGUGUGUUUCACCAGGCCUUUAUGAAGAAAGAUGUUCGUGAUAUCUUCACACCCAUUCAUUUUGAGGUCAAAUAUGAACUUGGAGACCAUCGUGUGGUGCAGAGAGACUUGGGGAAUUUGCCUGCCCUUAAACCCAUUUUACAGCAGAAGGAUGAACUGGACAACAUCGUCAAAAACAAGACUAUCUUUGCUAGAUAUUGUUCCUGGGAAAACUGCUCAACCAACCUCCAGGUUUCUGCUCAUUUGGUUUUACCACAGUCGUACAACAAAAUGCCAUAUUUUGCUCUGGGUAAUGGCAAAAGUAUCAUGUUAAACACCACACUGCUCAACACCGGAGAUGAUGCUUUUCUUCCCAAACUUCACUUAAGAUUCCCCAGCAAUCUGCAUUUCAUCAAAGUGCUGGAGGAGGAUAAAUACGUCAGCUGUGAAAUUGUGGAAGAGAAUAAACUGGCCAUCGGACUGGACUGCAGUGUUGGGAAUUUAUACAUCCCUCCUUUCUCAAAGCUCAACAUCACCUUUUUGCUGGAUGUGAUGCAGAACAGCAGCGCGGGAGACCUUACUGUUAACAUUAACGCUACGAGUGAGAACUUUGAGAAUGCAGAUCUUCAGUAUGACAACGUGGCUGCUCUUACAUUGCCUUUGAGAUAUGCUGUCGAUAUGAAUGUUCACGGAUUUGUCUCUCCGAAUUUAUUUGUGAUUGGAGAAGAGGAGUCUGUGCCGGUCGACUGCUAUCCUGAGAAGUUCAAUUAUACGUACAAGGUGAUGAAUAUUGGACCUAGUAAAGCUCGUGAUGCGAGAGUGAAGAUCAGCUUGCCUCUGAUGCUAGUGCCGUACAAACACCAGUUAAUUAGGAUUACAGAUAUACAGUCAACUCUUGGCCAUUGCUUCCAGAGGAACAAUACUAUUCACAUCAUUGAUGACUGUGAUGUUCCGGAGGCUUCUGUGAUUCAGGAACUUGUAUUCUUUUUCUCCCCAAAAAGCAAACGCAUAAUGUUCUGUGGUCCUGAAGACCAGACCUGUAGGAGUGUGGAGUGCCACUUCGGGGAUCUGGAGGCUGGAAAGGAGGUGACCAUCAAUAUGGAGGUGGAGCUCAAUCCCAGGGUUCUCCAGAUGAGUCCGGGCAGACACGCCGUCAUGAUGAUUCAUGGAUCUAUAGACCUUAUUUCACCAGUGAGGGAUGCAAACACCUUCUUACUACAGGAGGACGUUUCUGCUAGAGUGAUGGUGGAGGCUCUGUACAGCCAUAAUCCUGGGCCAGUUGUGCGCAUAUUUAUUAUAGUAUCCAGUCUGAUUGUUGGACUGAUCAUUUUUGGACUCCUUGUUCUUACUUUAUGGAAGCUUGGAUUCUUCAAACGGACAUUGAAGGAGAAGUUUCAACGGGACAGUUGGGACUAUGUGCCCAAGCAUGAAAGCGUGUCAUAAUACAGGAUUUACACCACAUUUAAAAGCAGUCAUAAUAGAAAGGUCUAAAGCUCUUCUGACUCAUGACAACCUGCAGCCAUUGACUGUAACGGCUGGGAAACCUUCAUCACAGAGCCCUGAAGACAAUCUGCUUUUUUGGUCAGCAGGAUAAAGGCAAUGCACUUUAGAGUAUGGAUCAUACUACAUGUGCUCACUGAAUCGCUUCGGGACAUCGAGCCCAAUGGAGAAAAAAAAAAGACUUCAGAAUGUACUGUCGCUAUAGAAUAUUACGGCUCCAUUCGAAAACCUAGUGUGCUGCCUAUUUAGGGAGCAUUAUUAAAACGUGAAGGCGUAAAUAUAAAAUCUUCUGGAGAGUUUCUAGGUAGGCUUUUUACCAUUAUUAAAAUGUUUAUUAAUGGUCUUUCAGUUACACAAUUUUACAAUAGUAUUAGCAACUUAAGCUUUAGAUUUAGUGGCUCAUUCAACUCAGGCUCGCUCUGAAAACAUACUGCUAUAUACAUUUCUGGAGAGCGCCAAAUACGCCCAAGGAGGUACGUUUUUUUGGGGGAGCUUUUUUUGCAGUUUUUGUUUUCACGAAUCCACCAGAGGCCGCUGUGUACACUUUUUCAGAUCUCAAAUUUCUCUCAUUCGUGCCUGCUUUUCUCGCGUAAAUCCACCAGAGGCCGCUGUCAACUGACUGACUGACUGACUGACUGACUGACUGACUGACUGACUGACUGACUGACCGAUCGACUGACCCACCCUCCUCCUUCCCUAACACCAACCAAUAGUGUUUUCAAAAGCACCGAUCGACCCACUCACCCACUUCCCUAAACCAAACUGACAGUUUUAAAAAGCAAUCUAGUAAAAGAAAAGCCCUCACUUGAUUUUUAGCAUGUUUUCAGAUUUUACCACAUUUUCACCUUGUUAUUUACUUGUUUAUUUUAUUUUUUGGCUGCUGUUUUUGUCUUACAUGCUUUCUGGAACCGUUCUUCGACAGACUCAAACCCAAUCGUCAUGAUCAAUUUCUCUCUGCGUCUCAAGUUCGCCGAUGUACUUGGCGAGCUCCCGGUAACAGCAGGAAAACUGUCCAUACGCGUGUAAGCGUAUAAAGGAAUGGCGUCGUAUCGCCCCGCAGCAUUUGCUUUAAAGACGAAAUGCAGCCAUGCGUACUUCUGGCUACAUAAUUCGCAAUCUCCAGAAAUGUAUAUAAGGCUACGUUUUCAAAAUGAGCCUAUGUUUGGCUCAUUUGUAUGAUUUUGUAUGAUCUCAUUCAUACAUUUUGGUACGAUUUGCUCAUCAUACUAUGAUGGUUAGGUUUAAGGGUGGAGUUGAGGGCACAACUCCUUUUAAAAUGUGUACAUUUUCGUGUAAAUUAAAUCUUAGGAAUUUGUAGUAAUUAGCCUCUUUUCUGACAUUAUGUAAAAUAGUUACAUUUCCUCCUAAUAUCAUGUUGGUUGUAGUCAUGUCCACAGAUUUGUGUGAACACACAGCAAAAACUUACUCUGAGGUUUUGGUCUUGUUUUUAGUCCAAGUAUCAAAAUUAACACCAAAUUCAAAUCAAAAAUUAUUUUCUAGACAAGUAAAAAAAUGUAGUUUUGUUUUCAAUAAAAAUGAGUCAAAAUUAAGUGAGUUUCUCCUUAAAACAAGCUAAAUAAACUUAUUUAAAAGAAGUUUAUUCAAUUUACUUUCCCCCCACUGGCAGAUGAUUUAACUUAAUCUAGUCAAAUAUUUUUUCCUGUCAUCAUGGCAAAGAUAAAAUAAAUCAGUUAUUAGAAAUGAGUUAUUAAAACUAUUAUGUUUAGAAAUGUGUUGAAAAAAAAUCUUCUCUCCGUUAAACAGAAAUUGGGGGAAAAAAUAAACAGGGGGGCUAAUAAUUCUGACUUCAACUGUAUAUUUUAAAGUCAUAAAAGUCAUGUAAUAACACUUUGUAUUUAUAAGUUAUGCCUAUAUUUUAAUAUCAGUAGAAAGCAAAUGAGUGCUUAGUAUUUCAAUGAGUACCCAAUAAAUGGUUAGAUGGAUAUAUACAGUUGAAGUCAGAAUUAUUAGCCCCCCUGUUUUUCCCCCAAUUUCUGAUUAACGAGAGAUGAUUUUUUUUCAACACAUUUCUAAACAUAAUAAUUUUAAUAACUCAUUUCUAAUAACUGAUUUCUUUAAUCUUUGCCAUGAUUACAGUAAAUAAAUUUUGACUAGAUAUUUUUCAAGACACUUCUAUACAGCUUAAAGUGACAUUUAAAGGCUUAACUAGGUUAAUUAGGUUAACUAGGCAGGUUUGGGUAAUUAGGCAAGUUACUGUAUAAUGAUGGUUUGUUCUGUAUACAGUCAAAACAAAAUAGCUUAAAGGGGCUAAUAAUUUUGACCCUAAAAUGGUUCAUAAAAAAUUAAAAACUGCUUUUAUUCUAGCCGAGAUAAGACUUUCUCCAGAAGAACAAAUAUUAUCAGACAUACUGUGAAAAUUUCCUUGCUCUAUUAAAUAUAAUUUGGGAUAUAUUUAAAAAAGAAAAGAAAAUUCAAAGGGGGGCUAAUAAUUCUGACUUCAACUAUAUUUUUGUUGUUGUUACCAUAGCAACAUUAAAUCCAUUUGCAAUCAGUAAAUUCAUUAGUGCCUCUCCAUUUUUUCCCAAUUUACUUUUCAUAUGAAGAUGACACGAAACAAAGCCUGUCUUCAAAGAUGUAUCAGUUUUAACUACAAAAUGAAUCCGCUAGAGGAUGCUCCCUUAAAAAUAAAGCAGCAACCUAUGUAGGCUGUAGACAACAAGGCAGCUCACUAGGUUUUGUAAUGGAGCCUUUUUAAGUGUUUUCCUCCGAUCACUGAACAUAUUGGCUGCUGGCCUGCUGUAAAGGAGAACCUGCACUGCUGUAGCUUUUCUCGCUAAGGUUAUGCCUGUGUGUAUCUGAAAAGAGACUCUUUCUUUAAUGCCCGUGAUUUAGUGUACCCUCCACAGAGGUGACACAGGAUUUUCUGGCACUUUCCGUCACCCUUUCUCAAGCAGAACAUUGCUUCGGUUGGGGUUUUCACACCUUUGCGUCGUCGCGGUAUCGGUUCUCCUUGCAACGAAAAAAGAAGGAAACGGCACGUAUUUUCUCUCCUCCCAAAUGCUCUCUGUUGAGUGGAGUAGUUAGAAGUUGGAACGGAGACGCCAGAUGGAGGAGCGAGGGUUUUCUGCGUGCUUUGGCUCGGUGCCAUGGAGAAGAAGCAAAGGAGGCUGCUGUUGUGUGUCUGUGCUGCGCUACACAAGACUUGACAAGAUUGGCAUGUGUCUGGAUGCCAGCCAUCGCUGAAGAAUAUGUGUGUGUGUGUUCAGUUGUGUGACACUACAGUCACAAAUACACACAGAUCGUCACCUCUCACGAGUAUAGAAACCCAAACAGGAUGUGCACAUGCUGGAAAAAAACUGCCCAUUUUUGUGUUCAGGUGGUAAAAUACUUACAUUUAAAUGAUCAAUGCAUACGUUUACAAAAGCUAGCAGCUCAAAUUAAUUGAAAAAUAUACUAAAUAGGGGUGACACAGUGGCUCAGUGGUUGGCACUGUUGCCUCACAGCAAGAAGGUCGCUGGUUCGAGUCCCGGCUGGGUCAGUUGGCAUUUCUGUGUGGAGUUUGCAUGUUCUCCGCAUGUUCACGUGGGUUUCCUUCGAGUGCUCCCAUUUUCUCCACAAUCCAAAGACAUGUGGUAUAGGUGAAUUGGGUAAGCUAAAUUGGCCGUAGUGUGUGAAUAUGAAUGUUUCCCAGUACUGGGUUGCAGCUGGAAGGGCAUCCGCUGUGUAAAACAUAUGCUGGAUAAGUUGGUGGUUCAUUCCGCUUAAUAAAGGGACUAAGGAAAAUGAAUGAAUACUAAAUAGAAUGAAAACAAAGCUGAAGCUGCAAAUGUAAACUGAUACAGCAAAAUAAUUUCACAGAUCAUUUUUAAAGGAAAAAUUGUAUUAUAAAUUUAUUUUCUGCUAAUCAUAUGCAGAAUGAUUUGGUGCGGUGUUAUUAAGCAUUAAAAGAUAAACUUGUUUACUGAAAUAAAAUCUAGAAAUACAAAAUUUGAACACAACAAAAUUGGACACAUUGCCAUUUUAGAUUCUUUUUUAGAAGAAAUGAAACAAUGAAGUGAAAUUUCAGAAAUAUAAAAUGUGAUUUAUUUUUUUGAUGGUUAGAUUUAUAUCCCAAACUUGAUUAUGAUGUUAAAUGUCAUCACAUACUGAAUGAAUUUGGGUGCUGUUAUAAAACUUGAAAACUAAACAUUACUUAUAGCAAUAUACAGUAGUCAACAUUUGAAGAUCGACAUCUUUCAUCAAAGUUGUUCCCAAACUAUUGAACAACACCUAUUCUUGUCCAUUUUUAUCCACUUUAAAUGUUGACUACUGUAUAUAAACACUACCGGUGAAAAGUUUGGAUUCUGUUCAUCAAGGCAGCAUUUGUUAAAUGCAAAAAAAAAUAGUUAAAUUGUUAAAUAUUUAUUAAAACUUUAAAUAACUACUUUCUUAUUGGAUGUAGUUUUAAAUGAAAUGAUUACUCCAGUCAUUAUUGCUUUUAAUACAAUUAAUAAUAAUUGUAAUAAUAAUUAAUAUUUGAGUGUUUUCUGAAGGAUCAAGACUGGAGUAAUGAAGCUGAAAAUUCAUCUUUAAAAUCACUGGAAUACAUGUUAAAUUAAAUGAUAACCUACAAUUGAACAGUUAUUUUAUAGUGUAUUAAUAACAGUUCACAAUUUUACAUUUUGUACUGUAUUUUUGAUUAAACAAAUGCAGCCUUUGUGAGCAGGAGAAGCUUGUUUGAAAAGAUUUAAAAAUCCUACUGACCCCAAACUUAACGGUAGAGUAUACACAGGGCUCAGCAUAAAUAAGUACACCCCUCAGAAAUCGCUCCUUUAAAUUCAUAUUUGUUAUAAGCUAUACAAUAUUGUGUACAUUAGAUUAGUCUAUACUGAAGCCAGAUCUGGAUCUCAUCUAACAAACUAACUUACGAUAAUGUAAGUUAAAAAAAAAAAACUACAGCCAAUUUUAUAGGCUAUAGAAAAAUAUUAAAUACUAAUUUUUAAAAUAGAAAAAAAAUACAAUUUUUGUCGAAAUUUUGUAGGUUGUAAUUAAUUUUUGCAAUAUUUUGCCUGAAUUAAAUGUUAUUAUCCUUCAAUUUCUUAAUAUGUUUGGUGACUAAAAUAUUAUUUUAAUAAAUAUAUCUGUUUAAUAAAUCUGUUUAGUUUAAAUGCACCAAAAUACUUUGCCUGUAUUCACUGAGAAAUUAAUCAAAUAUUCAUUUUCAAAAGGAGGUGUACUCGGUUAUGCUGAGCACUGUAUAUAUACAUAUAUAAAUAUAUAUAUAUAUAAAACUGGUGACAUUUUCAAAUUCAUUAUUCUAAAAUCGGCACAUCAAAUGUCAGCUUAUUUAAUCAUCGCUUGAUUUUUUGGUGUAUGAAUGAGAUUGUAAACACAAUCUAUCCUGUUGGAAUUCAAACUAAAAAUGUGGGAUGUCUUUUUUUUAUUUGAUAAAGCACAUUAGAUGGGUUGCUUAUCACUGCUCUUUUUAUAUGACGACAUGACAAUAUUCAAAACAAAAAUAAAGUCUCUACAGUUCAGGGAAUGGUAUGCAUAAAAAGCACAUUGCUUUUUUUGUGUGUAUUUUUAUUAAGUUAAGUUUUUAAAAAUGAUACAAAUUUAUGUUUAAAAAAAUGUACUUUGGUUUAAUUUAAGUUUUUAUGCACUGGAAU